GCCAAAUAAAAAGUCGGACCUCGAAAUCGCUUGGCACUAUUUUCUCUCCCUUCUUAUCACUGCGCGCUGCCGCCAGGUGACAGCCACGGCUGUUUCAUUCAUUGUUUACUGCUAGCAAAGUUAGCGACAACAUGUCUGACUACGACAGCGACGUUGAAAACAUUGACUUCAUCUCACAGCCAAAGGGAUAUCUUUAUGACCCCGAAUAUACAGAUGAAGAAAUUCGCCAGAUGGAGUUAGAACGGGCAGAGAGAGAAAGGGUGGACAGAGAAGUGGAAGAAGGUGAAGCUGGAGCCGCAGCUGGAGCUGGAGCUGGAGCCGCGAGACACCGGGUGACCGACAAAUGGUGGUGUACUUGUUCCAAAUGUGAAGUAAUGCAGACAGAGGUGGAGUGCUACUGCUGCCACGAAUGGGAUCUCAUCAUGCCACAGAUGCAAGACCUUUCAAUUGACAAGGAGGCCAGCAUGCCAGCUGCUGUCUGCAUCACAAACCACACUGACUUCCCUGCACUCCUGAAUGUUGGUGUCUUGCAGACGUUUUUCCACAUUCCUAAAAUUAACUGGAAGAAGCAUCCCAGGCCAGCUGGACCCGAUGGUCAGUUGUCUUCAGAACAGUACAGGCUGAUUGCCUAUCGCAUUGUAUUAGAAUGGGCCCUGAAAGGAGAGAAGCUUGGUCCCGGCAACAGGAGAGUUCUUCCUUCCUGUGUGGUGGAGCUAAUAAGAAGAACAUAUCCAUCACCAAAUGGACAAUAUGCAGGGUUCAAAGAGUCAGUGGAUGCACUGCAAUUGUUUUAGAUCUUUAAAAUUGUAAAGUUUUACUGUACAUUUUCUACAUUGUUACAUUUACCCUUUCUAUGGAAAAUUAUUUGAAACAACAU